AUGGUUCGCAUGUACCUGGUUGGCGUGCUCAACAUGCCUCCGGCCGAGUGCACUCCUUCGAACAAGAAAUCCCGCGUCACCUAUCGUUUCCUAGGUGAGACCCUGUGCAAGGGUGGCAUCUGCAAUGCGCUGGGCGUUGGCGAAAGCGUGUUUGCGUCGGCGAUGAAGGACAUCCUGCAGUACAAAGGUGUCACAGAGCCACCGAAACGAGGCCGUCGUGCGGCUUCAAGCAAGCGUGGCGCCCGUCAUUGAUCGAUAAAGAAGAGCACGAAGGCCUCCACUUCACAACAAGCAAACGUCUCAUGUUCAUGUCUCACUUCUUGUCUGUGUGUUUGCUUGCUGACUUUCACUCAUGCUUUCAUUCGUUCCUGCGCUUGUGUUGGGUGUGAUUGUUGUUGAGAUGGAUGCCAGACGUGUGACAUGAUGCAUGAUGCGUGAUGCAGUGAUGCAGUGAUGCAGUUGUUGCGAUGUGACGCACACACGUUCCAUAAAGCACAAAAGUCACGACAUACAACACA